AUGAAAUACAGAAUAAAGGUCGCUGAAAAACUCUGUAGGUAGCCCAUCCUUUCUGAGCAUGCGUACUUUGAACUUGUCAGAAGUGCGAUGACGUAAUACGCUUCCAACUGUGUGAAAACAAAGUGGGGAGGGCAACGAAAAAGCAGUGUUAGAGCAGGCUGAGGUGACUGAUGUUGAAUGAUGGAGGGAGCGAUGGCAGCAGAGCAGGCCCCAUGUCUGCCCAGGGAGAGGAGCGGACAUGUGGCUGUGAUCUGGGGAACACGCAUGUUUGUCUGGGGAGGAUAUGUGGAUGAGGAUCCCCAAGAAGGUGCAGACUGGGACAGAUAUCUCCCAACAGAAGAACUGUGGAUCUAUGAUACAGAAACCCAGACAUGGACUAAGGAGAUGACCAGUGGCCAGUACCCUCCAGCCAUGUCAGGCAGCUGCUCUGCUCUACUUGGGGGCUUCAUGUACAUCUUUGGUGGGCAUUAUGACAUGGCUAACUCCAACAAGCUGUUUAGAUUGAACCUGAGAACCCUUGAGUGGCAAGGUGUGGAGGGCAAGGGAAUUCCUCCCAGUCAGAGAGACAAGCUGGGCUGCUGGGUGUAUGAGAGAAAACUGAUCUAUUUUGGGGGCUAUGGCUUCCGCCCACAAAGUCCUCUGAGGGGACAGUUUGAGCCAGAUGAGGCAGUUGGGCUGGGCUUGAGGGGUUGGAACAACCAUCUGUGUGUAUUUGACACUGUUGCUGAGGAGUGGUACCAACCAGAAACAACAGGAGAGGUCCCAGUUCCUCGGGCAGCCCAUGCCUGUGCCAGGAUAGACAAUAGAGGUUAUCUGUUUGGGGGAAGAUAUUUGGAAACCAGGAUGAAUGAUUUACACUGUAUCAACCUAGACACAUGGGAGUGGAGUGGGAGAAUCACAGUGCCAGGUGGCCUCCCACUGGGGAGAUCGUGGCACUCCCUCACCCCCAUCUCUACCAACCAACUCUUCCUGUAUGGAGGAUUCACCACACAGUGCCAGCCACUAAGCGAUGGCUGGGUACUGGACACAAAUACACAUGAGUGGAUGAACCUAGACUACCUAGCAACAGAUAAACCCAGGUUAUGGCACACAGGGUGCAGUACCCUGGAAGGAGAGGUCUUUGUGUUUGGGGGUUGCAGUACAAACUUGUUGCAGCCCAUGCCAACAGUCCACUGCAAUGAUAUUCUAGUCUUCAGCGUGAUGCCAAGGUCCUUGCAAAGGAUAUGCCUGGACACUAUUGUCCAUCACAAAGACGUCCUGGCCCCGCUGUGUAGCAUGUUGCCAAGGGAACUGCGGCUGAGACUGGAGAGAAGACUGGGCAUUCCCCUGACCAACCCUGCGCCCGAGCAGGUGCAGCACAGGAAGUGUGAGGGCGUGGGGGCAUAGCUCUGCACCCCGCAGCUCUGUAGGCCACAGUAGUCUAAUCUCCAAGCAGAUCCUACAGUAGCGCAAGAUAGUAUCAAAGGCUGGCAGAGGAGUGAAGCCGACUUAGGAGUGUGUUUGUUACACAAAUGGACACAUUUUUGC